AAAGCAUCCAUCGAUCAAAAAGACAACACCGUGUAGAAGAAGAGGUUUAAUUAGCUACCCAGUCAUUCUCCAUGGCACAUGCCAUGAACAACACGCACCUUUUGUGCUUGGCCGUAGCUCUUCUGCUCAUGUCGGCCUCCCUGUCCUGCAACGCCAAUGACACGGAUCCUAACACAUACUGUGAAUCUGCGUCGGAAUGCAAGAGACCGGUGCAUGAUUAUGGUCUGAAUUCCUUUUCUAAAAAAUACGGUGAUGUUCCGUACAACUGCGGAAGAGUCUGCGACCCCAAGGACACGCGUGCUAACACAUAUUGUGAAGAAAUGUGGGAAUGCAAGAGACCAGUGCAUGAUUAUGACCAGCGCAAGUGCCGAGAGUUGUGCGUAAGCAAAGGCUACAACUAUCUCAGGAGCUAUUGCGAGCACCACCCCGAAGAGUAUUGCUGUUGCCAUAAGUAAUCUCAAUUCGACGACUUCGGGGUGAUCUCUGGAUGAUGAUGCUUGUCAUGUGCUACUUAUAAAUUAGCUAUAGCUGUUUGUGUGUGUGUUUUCGUCUCAUCCCAUUGUAAUAACUAGAGCAGUUCAUCAUGACUGUCCGUCGAAUAAAGAUGAUUUCCCCGCAAAAAGAAAGAAUAAAGAUGAUUAGUU